AUGUAUAUAAUUUUAGGUAUGAGCCUAGAUAGUAAUACGUUAAAACGAAUGCUUAAACCUAUGCCAAGCACAGAAAGCCCAGUAACGUCUCCUGAAAUGGGCAGAAAACGAUAUAAUUAUUACAAUACUCACCAUCAUCCAAGGUACCCGAACAACAACGGCCGUUAUUCAGAACCCGAAUCUGGACACCCCCAUCCACGAUCUGCUAUGGCUCAGAAUUCCAGAUUUUCUGGUUCUAGAUCUUCCUUUAGGUCAUCCCAUGAAAUAGGCCGAGGAUACCCUGGACGAGGGCUUUACUUAGAAUUAGAGAGAGGAGCAGGUGGAGACUUUUCACCACCUUCUGAUAAUGUAAUAUUUGACAACCAAUGCUAUGCUACCACUCCUAGCUCAAGUAACGGAAAUUCUGAUCCAGAACAAUCGUCACAUCACUAUGGCCGACAUCGACAUAUGCACCCUCAGAAUGCUAAUACAACCCCAACCCCGGAUCUCCAACCAGCAGACUUCUCCUAG